ACAAAACCCAUCCGUUCUUUGCAACAACAACAUCAUCAUGAGCGCUACCGAAGAAAGAUUUUUGUUCACCUCCGAAUCCGUUGGUGAAGGUCACCCAGAUAAGAUCUGUGACCAGGUUUCCGAUGCCAUUUUGGACGCCUGUUUGGCAGCUGACCCAUUGUCCAAGGUUGCCUGUGAAACCGCUGCCAAAACCGGUAUGAUCAUGGUUUUCGGUGAAAUCACCACCAAGGCCCAAUUGGACUACCAAAAGAUCGUCAGAGACACCAUCAAGCAUAUUGGAUACGAUGACUCGUCCAAGGGAUUUGAUUACAAAACCUGUAACGUGUUGGUGGCCAUUGAACAACAAUCCCCCGAUAUCGCCCAGGGUUUGCACUACGAAAAGGCCUUGGAAGACUUGGGAGCCGGUGACCAGGGUAUCAUGUUUGGAUACGCCACCGACGAAACCGAAGAAAAAUUGCCAUUGACCAUUUUGUUGGCCCAUAAGUUAAAUGCUGCUUUGGCAUCUGCCAGAAGAAGUGGAGAAUUGGCCUGGUUAAGACCAGACACCAAGACCCAGGUCACCAUCGAGUACAAGAACGAGGGCGGUGCCGUUACUCCAUUGAGGGUCGACACUGUGGUGAUUUCCACUCAGCACGCUGAAGAAAUCUCGACUGAAGACUUGAGAUCCGAAAUCAUCGCCAAGAUCGUUAACAAGGUGAUUCCUGCCAACUUGUUGGACGACAAAACCGUGUACCACAUCCAACCAUCUGGACGUUUCGUCAUUGGAGGUCCUCAAGGUGAUGCUGGUUUGACCGGUAGAAAGAUCAUUGUCGACACCUACGGAGGAUGGGGUGCUCACGGAGGAGGUGCCUUCUCUGGUAAGGAUUUCUCCAAGGUCGACAGAUCUGCUGCCUAUGCUGCCAGAUGGGUUGCCAAAUCUUUGGUCAAUGCUCAAUUGGCUAAGAGAGCAUUGGUGCAAUUCUCCUAUGCCAUUGGUGUGGCCGAACCUUUAUCUAUUCACGUGGAUACCUAUGGUACUUCCAAGUACUCUUCUGAGGAAUUGGUGGCCAUCAUCAAGAAGAACUUUGACUUGAGACCCGGUGUGAUUGUGAGAGAAUUGGACUUGGCCAGACCAAUUUACUUCAAGACUGCUUCCUACGGACAUUUCACCAACCAAGAAAACCCAUGGGAACAGCCAAAAGAGUUGAAGUACUAAAAGUCCACGAGACUUGAACCGGGUUCCCCGGCUGUUGUUGUUUGCUUUCAAGAAUUUGGUUGAAAUUACUUAAUGUAAUGACUCAAUCGGAUAACGUUCAACCCGUUAUCUGACUCAUGAUUAACAGAUUGAUUUUUGUUCACUUUUUUUUUAUUUAGAUAUUAUUUUUGGGUUUUUUACCAGCACUAGGAUAGAGUUUGCAUUAAGGGUUCCUCAACGGACAAGUAUUUUAAUUGAAUAAUAGAUUAGCAGGUGUAGAAAUUCUCAUUUUCGUUUGUGUUUUCCAGUCGCGCAGCAUGAACAUUGAAGACACCAUCAGUGUGAAUGGUAGUGAGUACGAGGUAGUCAUCCACAGAAGUGGCGACAGUAGAGCCCCCUUGUUCAUCUAUAUCAACGGGAAGCGCGAGGGGUCGACGUUCGGUGGGUAUGUUUACAGCAUCAAAGAUAGGGCCAACAAGGUGUACCAAGUGACCUUGAAGACUGGAGACUGUGAAGAUAUGGCCAGCAGUUUGGGGAACUUGAUGUGUAAGAAGUAUGCAUAUCCUAACUACUGCAAUGUGAACGGGGUGGAUGCGAUGGACUAUAACUUUGUGUUGUACGAGUUAAAUGUGUUGAUGGGGAGAUGAGUAUAUGGUAAGAUCUACAUGCACAAACAUCUAAAUAGCUUGGUACAAACACAAAUGGCAACCACUAGGUGCAAAUAUAUAUAGCAACGACUCAGUACAAAUAUAAAGAACAACGACUCAGUACAAAUAUAAAUGACUCUGCACAAACAUAAAUAGCACGAUGACUCUCCAAAUAUACCACCCGUCUGGCUUCAUUAACCUACUUUGGCAACACCAGCACCUCGUCCAACGACAAAUCCGACUCGCUGGACCCCAACGCCGGAAAAUAUCGGAAGUACACAUAAUAACUGCAACUUCCACCAAUCAACAACCCCAACAAAAUGUCUUCCACAUGAUGUCUAUAGUCAAUGUGUCGAGAAAUGGCCACAAACAACGCUACCAACACGUACGACCAACUGCUCAAUUGCAUCCAAAGCGGCUUAUUGCUAUUAAAUAACUUGAACUGCCCAUUGAGCCAAAGACACAAGAACAACGCGCCUGACAUCGACAACGACAGAUGGCCAGAAGGACACGAUUUCAACCCAUCGUUCAACAAAAAAUAUGAGGUUUGUGUGCAUACCUCGAGUGACACAUAUUUGUCCAACGGAGUGCCUUCCUUGGGCAAGCAUCUACUCAUAAAAUCAGGUCUAGGCCGUGAGAUCCAGAUUUUGAGCAAGUCGGUCAAAAAGCCUGUCAACACAAAACUAAGAAACAAUCCGAGAAUCGAUAAAUGGGCAGUUUUGACGAACCGAGUGCCGGCUUUGAGGUAGCUGACGAUGGUGAGAAUCAAAACCGGAAUCACAAAUACAAGAAGGUAUAAUUUUGUGUCGUUGAUGAUCUGAGGGUUUGCGAACGAAUGACUGAUUUUAGGGUCAUUGAUCUGAAACUGGCGGGCAUGCGCCGGCGCGAGCUCGAGGUAUAGCGUGAACACGCCGGCCACUACGCCAGCGGUGAUCCAGUCACCUGCAUACUUUUUGAUUUCCUUCAGGGCUUGAGACAUCAUGAAGAGACUAGCUGGCGCGGUGAGCGUGUUGAGUAGAGGUGUCUUUGUCACGUGCCUAGAACCCCCUGACACUGGUCACGAGAAGGUAUUCCAAAGUCUGGGUGUCGACAACGUGUUCCAUGGCCCAUCCUCCCUGCAUGCUCCAAAAGGCCUCCAGGAUCUGCUGUACCAAAACCGGUAACUCGUAUUUAGGGCG